GUCAGUUAACAGAAAAGCUCAAACAAAGCCAAAAGGAAGAAGAGGCUCUAUUAUUUCACGUCCACUGUCCUUAUUCUUCUUCUUCUUCUUCAUUCUUGGACGUGUACAAAACAAAGGAUCAUCUUUUUCAAGCUUCUCAAAUGUACAUAAUAUUCAAAGAGUAUAAAAUCGAAGAUCAAUUUGAAGAAGGCGAUCCUUGAUAACCAAUAACUACAGGCUCGAGGGGCCUUUUGGUUUUCGAUUGCCUGGUCGAUGAGAGUUAAGUUUGAUUGGAGGCGGAUAUUCCACUUCCAAUGUUAAGAUCACGGAGGCGGAUAUCCCACCAAUUGUCAAUCGUUCCUUCAGGGAUAUACUGAAGGGGCCGAGUGGUCAAAAGCAGCAGACUGUAAAUCUGUUGAAGUUUUUCUAGGUAGAUUUUAUGUUAAGAUUUCGGAGAAGAGAAAAGAGACAUUCGUUAGAGUACAUGAUAAGGUUUAGCAAUGAGGUCCUUGAAUGUGGAGAAAAGAUGGGUAUUUCCUCUAGUUAUGAGCUCACUUGUGUCGAUUUUCCUUCUUGCUACCUCUUUCGACAUGGGCCUCAUUUCUUCAUUGCAUACAAUCAAUUCAGUUUUCUCAAUUUUCCCAUCUCAUGUUAUAACAAAUCAAACUAGCUUGUAUUUAGCCGAAGCAAAGAUUAAGCAAACUCCAAGUCCUCCUCCACCGCCUCCGCCUCCUCCUCCUCCUCCUCCUCCUGCUGCUCCUCCUGCACCGCGUUUUGCUUAUUUGAUAUCUGGAUCAAAGGGUGAUUUAGAUCAACUUUGGCGAACAUUGAAAUCAUUGUAUCAUCCGCGGAAUUAUUAUGUUAUUCACUUGGACCUAAAAUCAUCGGUAGAAGAUAGACUAGAGCUUGCUUCUAGAGUUGAAAAAGAACCUGUUUUUGUUAAGGUUGGGAAUGUACACAUGAUUAAAAAAGCAAAUAUGGUGACUUAUCGCGGUCCGACUAUGGUCUCUAACACUCUUCAUGCCGCGUCUAUUCUCCUGAAGAAAUAUAAGCAUUGGGAUUGGUUUAUUAAUCUGAGCGCGUCUGAUUAUCCUCUACUAACUCAAGAUGAUCUUCUCUACACAUUUUCUGAAGUAAAACGCGAGUUUAGUUUCAUUGAGCAUACAAGCAGGCUGAGAUGGAAAGAGUCACAGAGGGCAAUGCCGCUUAUUAUAGAUCCCGGGCUUUAUCAGAAUACUAAAUCUGAUAUAUUUUGGGUCUCGCCAAGGCGAACUCUUCCCACUGCCUUCAAACUCUUUACCGGCUCGGCUUGGACAGUCCUCUCGCGUGCCUUUGUGGAGUACUGCAUAUGGGGUUGGGAUAAUCUUCCUCGGACUCUACUUAUGUACUACUCAAAUUUCGUAUCCUCUCCUGAAGGCUAUUUCCAGACAGUUAUAUGCAAUGCACCUGAAUUUUCUUCAACUGUUAUAAACCAUGACUUACACUAUAUUGCUUGGGAUAUCCCUCCUAAACAACAUCCACACAUUCUUUCCCUAAAUGACAUUGGAAAAAUGAUAGCAAGUGACGCUGCAUUUGCGCGCAAGUUCAACAAAAAUGAUCCUGUUUUAGACAGGAUUGAUCAAGAAUUUCUACAUCGCAAUAAUGGUAGUUUCACACCAGGAGGUUGGUGUGCUGGAAAUCCACCUUGUUCGGACGUUGGAAAUCCGACUAAGCUUAGACCAGGCCCCGGGGCGCAAAGGCUUCGACGUCUUAUUGAAAAACUAGUUGCAUCUGCUGCUCAAAAGCAGUGUAAGUAAGUAGAUUUUUGUUGUACUUUUUCUGGUUCUUGAUUGAAAGAGUAUUUAUAUAGAGUUCAUUAAAAGAUCCAGUCAAUAAAAAUAUUGACAUUGUACUAAAAAAUUUGUAAUUUUGGUGGUGCUGUUUCUGGAACUACACUAGUCUAAAGAAACUGGUUCAUCCUUGAUGUUUGACCUCA